CUAAACAGGAAGUGUUACUGUCCGACACAACGUGAAAGUCAAGUUAAAGUAAAACGAAUGAUAUACCAUUUAAAAUGUCGUUUAUAGUAUCUCCACGUUGUCUCAAAACGUCGUGCUUAUAGCGGUGUUUAUCGCCAUGUUUCAGUCUGCAGCUAAAACGCUUUCUGUUGCAACGAUAUCUCGGGCAACAUGGUUUAGUCUUCGACAUUAUUGUCAGAAGACACCGGAGACACUAAGAGUGUCUGAAGCUGUUUCAGGAGCUGAAUUGGGAGCAAAUGUCAAAGUGCAGGGAUGGAUUCGCUCUGUACGACCUCAGAAAGCAAAUCUCUUUCUCCAUGUGAAUGAUGGGAGCUCUCUGCAGUCAUUGCAGGUCGUCGCCAGCUCAAAGCUGAAUGAUCCAUUGCUCACCUUUGGUAGUGCUGUUGAAGUAACAGGGACUCUAAGGAAAAGUCCACACCAAAAACAGCCAGUUGAACUGGAAGCAGACCAAAUCCACAUAGUUGGAGAAUGUAACCCUGUGGAUUUUCCCUUCAAAAUAAAAGACAGACACAGCCUUGAGUAUAUUCGUCAGUUCCCUCAUCUCAGGUGUAGAACAAAUGCCUUUAGCUCCCUGUUGAGAAUACGAAGUGAGGCCACUACAGCAGUUCACUCAUAUUUCAAGGAAAAUGGCUUUGUGCAGAUUCACACCCCUGUCAUCACCUCAAACGACUGUGAAGGGGCAGGGGAGCUCUUUCAGGUUGAGCCGGCAGGCCCAGAGAAUGAAGAAGGUGAGAAGUUUUUCUCUGUCCCAGCUUUCCUGACUGUGUCUGGUCAGCUUCAUCUGGAAGUGAUGUCAGGGGCUUUUUCGAGAGUCUACACAUUCGGGCCAACUUUUCGUGCUGAGAACUCCCAAAGCAGACGCCACCUGGCUGAGUUUUACAUGGUGGAGGCCGAAGUCUCCUUCACACAGUCCUUAGAGGAUCUCACCAAGGUCAUGGAGGACGUGUUCAGGUCUGCCACGGAGCAUGUCUUGGCUCACUGUGCCGAGGAUCUGGAUUUGUUUCACAAGCAUGUGACUCCUGGACACAGGGACACUGUAGAAGCUAUGCUGAAGAAGAAGUUCCCUGUGAUUACCUACAGUGAAGCUAUAGACAUCCUAAACCACAGCUCCCAGAAAUUUGCCUUCCCAACAGACUGGGGUUGUGACCUUCAGACAGAGCAUGAGAAGUACCUGGUGAAACAUUGCGGCAAUGUUCCAGUCUUUGUCACUGAUUAUCCUUAUGAUCUUAAGCCUUUUUAUGCAAGAGACAACCAGGAUCAUCCCAAGCAUACGGCAGCUGCAGUGGAUCUUCUGGUGCCGGGAGUUGGAGAGCUGUGUGGGGGCUCGCUGAGAGAGGAGAGGCUGGAUUUGCUGAGGGCUCGGCUGGAAGAGGCUGGAUUAGAAGACACCUACAGCUGGUAUCUGGAUUUGAGGCGUUUUGGCUCCGUCCCCCAUGGUGGCUUUGGUUUGGGAUUUGAGCGAUUCUUACAAUGCAUUCUCGGUGUCGACAACAUAAAAGAUGUGAUUGCUUUCCCCAGAUUCUCCCAUUCUUGUCCUCUAUGAAACAAAGUUCCGGCCAAGUAGAUAUUUAUAAGUCUGUAUUUGCUGUCUGUCAAACAUCAAAUAAAUAUUAUAUUCAA